AUGUGCGGCAUAUUGGCGGUAUUCGGCCUUAAGGAGGAUGCUGAGAUAUUCAGACCAACAGGAUUGCAGUUAUCCAAGCGCAUUCGUCAUCGCGGUCCGGAUUGGAGCUCCUGCUACUGCCAUAAGGACGUCUUCAUCGCCCAUGAGAGACUAGCGAUAGUCGACGUAGAGUCCGGUGCUCAGCCUUUGUACAACAAGGAUCACACGACUGUACUGGCUGUUAACGGGGAGAUAUACAACUACCAACCUAUUCGGGAACAGCUUAUCAAGGAGGGGUUUGAGUUCGCCAGCGGCAGUGACUGUGAGGUUAUGCUCCACAUGUACGACCGUGGGGACUCAAUGGAAGACCUCCUCAACCAGCUACGUGGUAUGUUCGCUUUCGUUAUCUAUGACGCUACAAGCGGUCGUUAUGUUGCUGCUAGAGACCAUAUUGGUAUCAUUCCCCUGUAUAUCGGCUGGGGUCCUGAUGGUGAGGUCUAUUUCGCCAGUGAGAUGAAAGCUCUCAGUGACCGAUGCACCAACUACAAGCAGUUCCCUCCAGGACACUACUACGACUCAGUCAAGCAUGGCAUUCACAAGUUCGAGAGAUGGUAUAACCCUUCCUGGAGACUCGAGAUUCCCACCCAAAGGCCGACCCCUGAGGAACUUCGUACAGCUUUGGUGAACUCAGUAGAGUCCCAUAUGAUGGCCGAUGUCCCCUAUGGAGUGCUCCUGUCGGGUGGUCUCGACUCUAGCCUCGUAGCCAGUAUUGCCUCUCGUAUUCGUAUGCGACAGGCUUGUGGUGAUGAUGAGGAUUACUGUAGGAAACUAAGAAAAUCUGGCAAACUCCCCAAGAUAGCACGACUGAGAAGUUGGAAUCCGCGUGGUAUGACGAGUGACCAGGAUAAGUUUUUUCGAAGUCCUUCCAUGCCGGCAGCGAGAGUGGGAAAGGCGGCUCCUUCACCCGGCACGGUAUCGGAGCAGUUCUAUCAAAUCGAUCGCUGCUUCAAAGACGAGGCGUAUCAAGAGGCUAGCAGGACUGCUAAACAAAUAUUGAGCAAACAACCUGAGAAUACGCAGGCUGUGAUGUGUUACUUGUAUAGCCAGAUUCAGUUGUCGCAGUGGAAGAAUUGCCUCAACUUUAUGGACUCAAAGAGCACCGGGGCUCUAGACAAGUGUACGUUGGAGGAUCGAGCCACGUUAAGUUACUAUCGAGCCUAUUGCCUUUAUCGCCUCAACAGGGAGGGGGAGUGUUUGGAGGAGAUAUCGAGAAAUGGUGACAGCAAUUCCGAGAAGUGGCAGGUGUUGGAAGCUCAGUGUCGCUAUCGACUCCAUCAAUACUCGAAAACUACAGAGCUUUACCAGAAACUACUCGCCGACGCUGAAAAUGGAUCCAAUGGGGAAGACUCUGAAUCCGCUUUGUUACUAUCGAUAAAUCUACUGGCAAGUUGUGUAUCUGGGGGCAGCACUGACGACUUGGAUAAGCUGAUGAAGGAUCUCGGCGAACCUGAGGAUGCCUAUGAGCUGGCUUACAAUCUGGCAUGUGCUUAUCUUCUCAAGAAGGACUAUGUGAAGGCCGAGGACAUGCUCGUCUUGGCCUCGUCCCUCUGCAAGGGCGAGCUUGAUAUCGAUACGGACUCGGACCCUGAGCUCAACUGGAUCAAAGCUCAACUUGGUUACCUUCGUCAACUACAGGGGCGGACCGGUGAGGCUGCAGAGAUAUACGAGAAAAUAAUGCGACCUGUAAUAGGAGGCAUGAAGAACGAUAUCUCGGUUAUGGCAACUGCAUGCAACAAUCUUGUGACCUUAAGACCGAAGGGCAGUUCACUUUUCGACGCCCUCAAGAGGGUUCGACUCGCCAGUAAAGCUGAGUCCCUCGAGAGCAAGCUCACGGCCGGUCAGUUGAAGACCUUGGGUCUCAAUAAGAGCAUCGCUUUAUCGUCGCGGUCGAAGAUUUCCGAGGCUCGAGCAGUACUAUCACAGCUAGAGGCACAGCUAGGGGAUAGUUUCACUCGCAGCGGUACUGCGGCUGUGUGCAGAGCUGUUAUACAGUAUGCUAGCGGAGUAAAGGAGGAGGCGGUCGACACUUUGAAGUCCUGGCUGGCCUCGAACAGCUCUUCAGAGGAUUCCACAUUUGUGCGUUUGUCUUUGGCCGGUCUCCUCGCUGAAUCACCAGCGACCAGGUCAGAGGCUGCCAACUUGCUGAGUGCCCUCGGUCCCGAGAUUAGUAUGGGAAGGCCAGAAGCAGUAAGGCAGAGGUUCGGUGCUCACAGUGGCGACACGGCCGAGGACCGCGCUGCGUUGAGAAAUGAGAUCACCGAAGUGCUGAACUUUUGGGAGAAACGAUCGUCGGGAGAUGCAGCUGCGGUUUUGAGGUAUGUUGCUGAUGUUGCCACUCGUAACAAGUUCUAUGAGGAAGCUGUACGGACGUGGGAACUGUAUGGCAGCAAAGUUGGAGACACCGGGGCGGUCGAGGCGGUCCAAGGACUGGUAGCAGCUAUCUCACGUGUGGACGCCCCGAGCUCAGAGAGUUUGAGUAAUGCUUCUAUGUUGGUGGAGCGACUGGUGCAAAGAUCAUCUGAAGCAGAAGCAAUAGAGGAUGCUAUAGAUGAUGUGGACCCUGAGGAGUUGGAGGGCAUGGACGUUAGCAUGGGGAGCUGGAAGGUGGCAGCUACAGCUCCUACAGCAGCAGUCGAGGGAGAGAAUGUCGAGGUUAAGAAGCGACACCGUAAGCGGAAGCCUCGCUACCCUAAGGGCUUCGAUCCGGAGAACCCGUCAGCAUUCAAGAAACCAGACCCUGAGAGGUGGUUACCGAAACAUGAACGUUCUGACUACCGUAGGAAGAUGAAGAAGAAGCAAAUGCAGUUGAUGCGUGGUCCUCAGGGUGUGGUCCCUACUGAAGGUGAGCAUGUGAAGACCGGCCCGAGCACGGCCCAGCUGGAGGCGUCUACGGAGAGGCAGACCCAACAUCAGAAGAGACGGAAGAACCAGCGCAAGCGCAAGUGAUGAUGACUACUGCUGCUGUGGUUGUUGUUGUUGACUU